GUAAGAAGAGCCCACCCGCUGAGGACAAAGUCAUACUAACACAUAUGAAGAUACUGAGCAAUGAAGGAAUCCAAAACCCAGGGUUAAUCCCAGAGGCUCCAGCUGACACAGCCUGCACAGGAGAGUCACAUCUCCCUGGUUCCAGCCUCCCACCAGACUGCCAGGAAAGUCCAAAUGAAGCAGCUGCACCAGCAGAUCCAGACUACGCCGAUGCCCUGGCAAGCAGAGACUACGUAGCCACACUGCCUGACCUCAGCGCCUUUGAGUCCAAGUGCCGACUUCACAGAUUCUCCAAAUUUGAAUCUGAGGAUUCAGGGGUUGAAUUGCCAAGCGGGGCUAAUUCUCCAUCAACACCGACAGGUUCAGAGAAGAGCUUUGUGCUGCACAGCAGAGACUCAUUUUGUGAUUUGGGCAUGCUUAGCACCUCUCCUUCUCCAGAAAUUGACCAUCUGAUAAUAAGGACAUGUAAAGAGCGUGCCAGAAAGGUCAGACAGGGAGACCCAGAGAGUGAAAAGCAAACUGAGUACUACAGCCAGGAAUCAGAUGCUGUGCAGGGUCCUACAGCCUCUCUUGAAGACUUCAGUGUCCCUCAGGAAGAAAAUCCCAAUGAACAUUUUGACCAAAGCAAAAGGCAAUCUCUGGAAAAGGAACCUACCCCGGAGGCAGACCUUCCCAGGGAAAGCACUCUUCCCACCCCAGCUCCCACAGAAGAGCCAAAGACAAUUGCUGACAAUUUCCCAGAGAACUUUGGCAGCAUGCAAGACCUUCAGAUCCAUGGACAUCAGCUGAAGAGGUACCCCACAAGCGACAGUCUGGACGAAUACAUGGAUGAAUGCUGUAGACUGAGUGAGGUGAACCAAGGAAACAGCAAAGCCCUGGGAUCUGGUCUGGGAUACCUGGAACACAUUUGCCAACUGAUUGAGAAGAUUGGGCAGCUGCAGGAGCACAACCUGCGUCUCCAAAAGCAAGUGUGCAGUUUGCAGAAAGAGCAGAAGAUAAGCCAGAUAAAAGAGGAGCACUUUCUGCAGCAUUGCUCCUGUGGAGCUGCCAGCGUCUUCCUCAACUCGUCCCAAGACAUGAAGACAUGUUUUGCUGGGAGGAGCAGACCUCACAGCCUCUUGGUUCAGACUGGAAACGCUUCUGAUCUUUCCAUCAUCCCAGAAAUAGGAGUGAACACUGAAAAGCUGAGCAGCUGCAAUGGAAGAGAGAGAGACCCAGAUUCAGGAAAAAGUCAGCCGAUGGUGUGGCUCAGAAAGUCGUCAAACAAUAGGAACAACAAGGAGAAUGAGUUCAGAGAAGCUGGUAGUAUGGCCGAGGGACAGGCAUUUCCAACAAAGGACCCUGCAGUAAGGAAGGGUCUGGACAUCAGCAAGAACAUCUCGACAACAGCUAGCUAG